CUUAUCAAAAUAUCCGCGGUCGGUGGUCGUAGGAGAGAUCAUGGAACAGACCACCGAGUAUGAAUACCCCCCGAAGAUUAAAGUGCCGCGAAACCUCAAAAUUGUUAUUGAAAGCUUCAGUCGGGCUGUUGUGGAGAGGCAACCGGAAAGCAUACCACAUUUUGCAACCCUGUACUUUGCAGAAUUGGUUCAUUUUAGAGCAGGUCUACAUUGGAAGGAAGAUUUUCAAACAGUUGUGAAAAAGUUCCAUGAAAGCAGAGUCGACAGACUACCUGUUCGUGGUUUAGGCACUAUGAAAAAUGUGACUGGCAAGAAACCACCAUUAGUGGCAACUGCAGCUUUAUCUAUUGUACGAACUCAGAAGAUGCAGGAGAAAUCCCUUAGAGCCCAGGCUGCUGCUGACAAAAGAGGAAGUCUUGGUCCAAAUGUCAAAGUCAGGAUUACAACGCUCCAAAAGGCAGAGAGACUAAAGUCUACAAAAGACAGAAUGAGAAGGGGCAUGGAAAGAGUGAGAGAAUCCAUCACCGGGCAGACUGAACAGAACAUUGGAGCAGAAGUGUUCAGGAAGAAAAUGAAAGUAAAGAAGAAGAAGAAGAAGAGUAAACUAGUGAAGCCUGCAGUGCCAUGCGAAGAACCAGAGACUAAAGAGGAGUGCUUGAGUGUUUUAGAGUCCCAUGAUGACACUCCUGUUGCCCUCUUGGAUGACAAAGACACACACGAGAGGAAAGAUAGCGCAACAUCCCUGCCUGCUCUGAUAGACUUGGAACCAGAACACUCUCGUUUGGUUUAUCCCCCUCUACCAGAUGAGCACGUGGAUGAUGGGUGGCAGCAGAUCAUUGAGAAGAUAGAACUUCUAAAAUAUGCUGAGGCGAACUCGCAAAGAGCAGAGCCUGGAUCUGAGUAUGGAUCAUGUGCAAGUGAUGAUGAAGAUCAAGAAGAAGCUGAAGAUGAAGAAGAACACUCUGCCAUCUCGUCUUCUGAGAAGAAAAACCAGGGCGAUAACAAGCUUGUCAGGCCCGCCGUCCCUACCGAGGACCCAGAGUGUACGGCUGUGUCCGAUGUAGAGUGGGUCCCACCCACACUGGAGGAGGACGUAUUGGAAAGGUUGAUAAUCGACCAGAUUAAGAGGCUUAACAGAGCAAAACAAAUCGUGACGCAGACCAUCAGUCAAAAUGUGUCUGCCACAUCACAAGAGAUAGUACCCUCAAGCAGUGCUUUGGACUUAGACUUUGAAGAAGAAGACGAGAUCGAUGAGGCAGAUUUACCGCAGAGUGUACCACCUCAGGUGGAGACUAAAGCAAAACCAAUAGCAAUACCCAAACAGCAGACCAGUGCCCCUCAGAAAGUCACAACAAGUGGCACCACAGAGGUGGCACCCGAGAUGCCUGCCUCACCUGCCACCCAGCAAACUCUAUAUUGGGCACUGUGCCUGCUGGCGCCGCUCCAACCCGGUUCCCCAUCCGCCACUGGGCCUCAGCCAAUGGGUGCUCCUCUGCAAUACCCGCAGCAUCCCAUGCAAACAUGUGCAGACACAGAUCCGUCUGGCUCCCCUGUCGAACUGCCCCCCAUGGUUCUCCCAUUCCUGAGCCCCCAGACGUGGGGCCUGUACCCUGCCACUCAGCUUCAGAACACUCAACACGCCUCUUCCCAAGCGCAGGACCCUCUGCCUGCUGACCAUAUCAGUCCCACGUCCCAGGGAGUGAAUCGCAUGUCAAUGCGCACUGCUGCCACUGCUGUUUCUGUGGUCCCAAAGCUGAACGCACAGGGUCACAAGGCUACAGCGCAAAGCUCACCCACCCAGGGAGCAAGUGACCGUAGUAGAUCCACGUCCCCACAGAUGCCCAUGGUGAUGCUGACUCCUGGCGUUACCCCAGCAGGUGGCAGCACCACUCCAGUGAAAGAUGUGGCACAUUCACUGGCUGCCUCCCAGGGAGUGAAACGCAUGUCAAUGUGCACUGCUGCCACUGCCGUGUCUGUGGUCCCAAAGCUGAACGCGCAGGCUCAAAAGGCUAGAGCGCAAAACUUACCCACCCAGGGAACAAGUUAAGACAAGGCUGAAAAUGUGAAGGUAGCCCACUGAUCUUGCAUUGGAAUUUGGCAGUAUGUGUUAAAUCAGUGUCAUUGUUAUUAAGCUAACAGUAAUAGGCUUACUCAAUCAGUGCUUUACUUAGAAAGUAAGUAUUGCUUCAUGUUUCUACACACCAGCAUGAAAUUGUUGCUGUCUUAUUUUCAGUGACAGUUGGACUGUGUAUCCUCGUCAGUUCUGAGUGUGAGGGAGGAUAUCAUCUCAGCAAGUUUGUUAACCCCGAUUUCAUUUCUCUCUUACAGGAGUAUUCAAUCAAUCCUCUUUAAACUUCAAUGAACAACUCUCUGUCAAUAAACAUAUUGAAUUGAAAACA